ACGAUCGCAGGAAAUUGGAGAAAAGUUUUAAAUUAAUAACAUUUUGCUUUUGUUUCAAUGUCAUGUAAGUCUCCAGUAAUGGUUCUCGAUGCACAUGAUAAAUUACAAAUGGUCUAGAUGGUCCUAGAAAAGGUAGAAGAGCUAUAACAAUGUUCAAAGGAUGUUCUCUUGCUAUGAUGGCCAAUCCCCGAGCUUUAGAACCAUUAACAAGAUCCACUGCUUCUUGUGUUUUUGGUAACCACUUUGGUUUCUUUACAGGAGUAAACAGAAUGUUACCUUAUAAAGAGUUCCAAGCAGUUGUACUUGCUGCUGGAGGAGGUUCCCGUAUGACUGAGCUUACUCGAAGUCAAUAUAAAUGUUUGUUGCCAAUUGGAAAUGUACCAAUGCUCUGGUAUCCUCUUCAAUUAUUAGAACGUGUUGGUUUUAAGGAAGCUAUCAUUAUUAUAUCUGAAUAUAUGGAACGCAAUGUUUCCUUAGCCCUAAGUGACUUGAAUCUCAAAAUUAAAACAGAUAUCGUUGCUGUGAAAAAUGCAGAAGAUUUGGGAACUGCAGAUUCUAUCAGACUUAUUCACGAAAAAAUUCACACAGAUUUUUUGGUCAUAUCUUGUGACUUGAUUACAGAUGUGGACAUAUGUGAAAUUUUGAAUCUUUAUCGAAAACAUAAUGCUAGUAUCACAGCAUUAAUGUUGCCUGUUCCUAAAAUACCAGAUGACUUUGUAACACCUGGUCCAAAAAACAAACAGAAGCCUGAAACUGAUUUGAUUGGUAUUUGCAAUGAGACUGGCCGAUUAAUUUUCUUGGCCUCAGCCUCAGACUUUGAGGACACAAUAAAAAUUUCACAAACAUUCCUUCAGAAACAUCCAAGUUUUACUAUGCAUUCAAAAUUAAUGGAUUCUCAUUUGUAUGUCAUUAACAAAUGGGUUUUAAAUUUCCUAGUACAGAAUAAAAAUUUUACUACACUGAAAGGUGAACUUCUUCCAUAUAUUGUUAGGAAACAAUUUUCAAAACCUUCCAAACAAUGUACAGAUGAUAAAAAUGCUUCUGUAGUACAAAUGAAUUUGAAGGAUGAUAUCUAUUAUUUCGCGGUUGAGAAACCACUCGACGAAUUAAUCAGAAAAAUGUCAGCAUACAAUGAUCAUGGCACUGAUUUAGAAGAUGCUUACCAUGGAGAUAUAAUACGAUGUUAUGCUCAUAUUAGUAAUGGGAAAUUUGGUUUGAGGACAAAUACCAUACAAAUGUAUCACCUUGCUAAUACAAAGAUAUCAGAAUGGUGGAAUAACGAUAAUGAUGGACAGUCUCCUGUACCAAUUAUUGCUUCUACAGCAACAAUACGUAGCACACAAAUGCAAGAUUGUUAUGUGGACAAUAAUGUUCUUAUUGAAGAAAAAACAUCUCUUAAACACACUCAUAUUGGGCCAAAUGUAACCAUUGAAUCAAAGACUAGAAUAUCACAGAGCGUUUUAAUGGAAUCUGCAAAUGUCAAACAACGAUGCGUAAUACAGAAUUGCAUAUUAGGUAGUGGUUGUGUUAUUGAAGAGGGUAGUGAAUUGAAGGACUGUAUAGUUGGUUACAAACACAUUGUACCAUCUGGAAGUCAAUAUUCUCGCGAUGUUCUGACUGAUGCAAAUGACCUGAUAGUAAUUUAAUUAUUCGCAAAUAUAUUAAAUACAUUAGUCAUUUAAAUAAUAAAUAUAUUUGUCUUUAUAAA